AUGCACCUGAACGCCCGUGCCCGGAGCGAUUUACUGCGGAUGUCUCGGAGAGCUACUCUGGCUCAAGCUAUGGCAAAAUAUGGCAUCGCGCUGCGGUCGGACAAUUAUUCGCUGUCGCGACCAGGCGCGGCGGGACCCGAGUUCCUUCUGGACACCCCGUUGCAAAAGGCGCUAUCGGAAUAUGCACGGCAGUCGGGCAUGAUACUGCCAGCCUUUGUGGAGCUGGUGCGCGGACAGACGGCUGAUGAGUACCGGCCUAACAAGAACCUGGUCCCAGGCGUACUGAACGAAGUAUGCAAGGGUUACGCACAUCUGGAAGAGCUCCAGAGAAUCGUGCAGGGCGGCGUUGAAGUUCGGCUAAGCAAGCCACCUGCACGGCAGGUACAGCGGCCACCAAAUCACGGGUCGGCGCGAGAUCGCCUUAAUGUGCUCCGCAAGAACAUUCGCAAGGAGCAGGAUGCUGGGCGGUGCCUCGUACUUGACCGCGAUCUCCUCAAGCAAUGGCCCGAGAUUAUUAUCAGCCCCUUCGGGGUGGUGGGCAAGGGCAAUGAGGACGCAAACGUGUCGGGUAGGACGAUCCACGAUCUGUCAUACCCCGAAGGCACUUCCAUCAACGACUACACGGAUCAGGACAGCAUCACCAAGCCGGAGUACACUCACUGCUACGCGGUGGCGGCCGAAAUCCUGAGGUCCAAGCACGCUCACCCAAGGACCCGGGUGUGUGUGAUGGCUGGUGAUGUGGCGUCUGCUUUCCGCAACAUCAGCAUUCACAGCAACAGCGUGUAUCUUUUCGGCGACCACAUCGAGGAGGACGAUGUCAUCGUGAUCGAGCUCGCUGCGCCAUUCGGUUGGACUGGACCACCGGGUUUCUACGAGAUUGCUGGUGGUGCUGUCGCUUGCGUGCACGGUUCACACACGACUGGCGAGUACCCGGGUGGUGUCUUCAAUUAUCACUGGGUUAACGACCACAUCAAUGUGGCUGCGGACAUUGGCACCUCCUGCGAGGACGUUGAUCGGUCCCUACGGUACGCUAUGGUAGCAGUCCUGGGAGCUGACGCUAUCAACACUAAGAAGUUCACCGACUGGAACACGCGCCAACGUGUACUGGGCCUCAUGUUCGACACGGUGGCGGAAACGGUCUCGAUGCCAACGGAGAAGAUAAUCAAGGCACGCAAUAUUGUGGCGGCUGCCGUCUGCGCCGACGCGAAAGUUAUCUUCAGCGGUUUCAGCGUGUUCCGAUUACGCCGGACAUGCAACAAGACCUGA